AUGUGCGCUGCAGUUUGGCGCCAAUUGGGCCAUCUAGACCUCUGCGUCGAUGCGCUUUCUCCCUGUCUGAACGAUUGGAGAUCUUUCAUCUACACCACCCAGUUGAAUUGUAUUGAACGCAACUACUUAGCGGCUGUGGACCACUUCAGGGGUUCUGCUGCAAUGUACGUUGUUUGGGGUGUUCCUGCUUGCGUAGCUGAAUGCAGUUUCGAAGAAGUGAGGCUCUCUGAUGGCCGCAUGACCUACAAGGAGGCAAUUAGCCCCUGCCGCAUGACUCAGCUGUCGCAGAACCUUCUGCUUCCUCUUUUGUACAAGGAAGCAGAAGCGCGAGCCUCAAAGGAGGGGGUCGGAGACAUCGAGUACGCCCCCGAGGGUGCAACGGCUACGCACGGACACAGGGAGCAGUCACAGCUGGAAGGACCACCACGGGGAGACCGAUCAGGGGGCCCUCAACAGAAAUACGAAAGGAACCGUCGUGAGACAGACACACCAGAAGCAGCAGCAAGAGGGCAAGAACCGCAGCUAGCGCCCCUUCGCUUGCUGUUGAGCGCACGAUGGGAGGGCGCAACGCAGGGGACCACUAGCGGAAACGCAGAGUGCGCCUGCCCCAGCGGUCCAGUGACAUCCAUGGUGUCUGUAAGAGACAGCGCUAGCAAUGUCUCCGUCUGGGAGAUAACCAGCGACCUUGUAAUUGGCAGCGACGGAGCGGGCUCGAGAGUGCGGGAGUGGGGUGGCGCGUCCCUUGUGGGGGGCCCUCCACUGCAGCACUUCUUAAAUGUAACCUUUCGUUCUAAGGAACUGGCCGCGGGGAUGGAGCAACACGAAGAUGCUCCGACCGGUUUGUUUGUGGCUCACAUCCCAUUCUUCCCACUUAGCCGUGACGAUAAGUUGGUGCACUUGGGGCCGGAUGGAGACAAAAGACAGGCCAUACAUCUGAUCGAAAGCCUAGCGGGUAGGCGCAUCGCCGACAUUCAGAUUCAGGAUGUGAGGCCAUGGCAGAUGGUCGCAAAGGUAGCAGCCCAAUACUUGCCAGGCGGACACUUUUCGCGACAUACAGGGAGCAGUUCUAAUAGUCCUGGAGAGCUUUUCUCUUCUGCUGGUCUGGAGGCCGAGGAAAACCUUGCGAAAGAGGAGGCCAUUCUAUGGGGGCCCCUCAGGGGCCGCAUAUUGCUGGCAGGAGAUGCAGCGCACUGCUUACCUCCAGCGGGGGGCCUGGGAAUGAACUUAGGCAUCGCAGAUUGUCUAAAUGCCGCCUGGAAGAUUGCCCAGUGCUACCAUCUCCGACAAGGUCCUUUCGCGCCGUUACAACAACAGCACCAACAACUAAAACAAGGAAAGCAGGAGUGUCAGCAGCAAAUGGAUCCGGCAGGGAAGAUCUUGAGAAGCUAUGAAGAAGAACGCAAGCUCGUAGCAGAGGUAAUCCCAGAGCUUGACUGGAAGCGCACGCCUCUGUCAGCUUGGCAACGCCAGCAACCACGACAAAGCUGUACCAACCUGCUGGGGCUGGACUGGGAGGCAGCUGCAGCAGCAGCACGGGGGCUGGCAGCGGCAUCAGACGCUGCAACGUCUGCAAUAACAACAGCAGCAGCAGCUGUUGGUCUCCAGGGAAUGGCAAAAGCUGCAGGAGAUGCGUCAAUGCGAAUCGCCAAGGGGGUUCUUGAAUGCUUCAUGAGCAUUGGGAGGGCUCAAGCAGCCUUUCAAAUGGCUUUGGGGCCCAUUAGGAGCAAGAUGUUGGAGACGAUUCGUGUGCUGUUAAGCAGCGAUGAGACGCAUCUGGGCCUCAGAUUCCAGGGUGUUGACUUGGGCUAUGCUUACACUAAGUCCGCCCUCAUGUGUGACCGCGGGGAGGGGGGGCCUACACUGCAGACAAUAGCAGUAAGAGAUACCUUUGUCGUAAAGGAAAUUGAGCCAGAGUGA